AUGGGCAAUCAAUCAUCACAAAGUGAGACAAAAUCACAUUCCAAAGAAUCAGAAAUAACUUCUGAACAAAAAUCUGCAAUAAUCGAACAAAUAAUACAAUUAUUAUCUCCUCUAUGUACUGAUGAUCAAUUUCCUCUUUGUAUAUUUCAUCAAAGAACAGAUAAAACAUCUCAUUAUCGAAUUAUCGAAAUCUUAUCGUCUAUAAGACAAUCCGAUGAAUUUCCUAAUAUUUUAAUUAAACUUUAUUGGAAUGAUCGUACAAGUAUUUCAAGAGAUGAUGUAACUAAGCUUUUUCGUGAUUGUUGUAUGUUUGAUUUAAAACAAGCCAUGGCAAAUAAUAUUAAUCAAUUUCAAACAAAUAUGCUUGAUAAUGACUGUUUUUUAGCUUUAACAAAUAGUAUCGGAACAAUUAAAAAUUUAGAAAUUACACCUGAAGAAUUUUCUAAUUGGAUGCGUGUACAAUUUCCAACAUUAUUUUAUGGUUUUGAAAUGUGGCUUCGUAAGAAUUCCGUGUUGAAUAAAACUAAUAAUACAAAUCAAGAAAUUUCAGCAUCGAAUAAUUCAAUUAUAACAAUGAAUAAUGUUCUUAAUCCAACUUGGAUUUGGUUAUUAACAUAUCAUCUUCCUAAUUUAUAUCUCUCAGCUGAUAAUACUUGCACAAAUUUAGUUGAAAAAAUGUCUUCAAUCUUACAUGGUCGAAUGUGGGAUCAUUUAUAUGAUAGUCAUCGAGAUGGUUCAAGUUUAAAUAGAUUUCAACAUCAUAUUUUUGGUUAUAAAGCACCAAUAAUUAUUCUAUUCGAAAUAUCAGAUGGUUAUUUAUUUUGUUUAUGUUGUGAUGAAGAAUUUAGAGAAUCACCAAAACAUUUUGGUGGUAUUCAAUCAUGUCUCUUACAAUUAAAACCUGUAUUUAAAGUUGUUCUCGAGGGUCCAAAUAUUAUUUUUAUGAAUACGAAAUUACGAGGUGUGUCAGCACUUGGUUUAUUUAUUGGUCGUGAUCAUACACAUACAUUCUUGAAUAUUGAUGGUGAUUUUUUUAAUGUAAAACAUAUUAAUGGCGAAGGUCGUUUAGCUGCUAUUGAUGUAUGGGGUGCGGGAGGUACGAAAAGUGCUGACGAACAAAAGGAUAUACGUCAAUGGGAAAAUAAACAAGUUGAAAAAAGUCGAAAGGUAAAAAGAUCAUAUGAAGAAGAAGAAGCUAUUUUAAACAUGGCUGGAAUUGAAACACGUCGUGCACAAGAUCAAUUUUAA